AUGGCUCAGGCUAGCAGAGAUCCGAUUCCUUCUCCUGCUCAGGGAGUGGGUCCAGAUUACCGACCAGAUGGCGAGAAACCUACAGCAACCGUCUCCAAGGAGGUUUCCUACGAGAAUGUUCAUGUACUCCCUCAGACGCCUCAAUUGAUUGCCUUGUUGACAAUGAUCCGAGACAAGCGUACGGACCGUGCUGAUUUUAUAUUCUACUCCAAUCGUAUCAUCCGACUAUUGGUAGAAGAGGGACUCAACCACCUGCCUGUGGUGGAGCAGUCGAUCACAACUCCUGUGGGACAAGCAUAUUUGGGUGUUAAAUUUGAAGGAAAGAUCUGCGGUGUAUCUAUUAUGAGGGCUGGCGAGGCUAUGGAGCAAGGGUUGCGAGACUGCUGUCGUUCUGUGCGCAUUGGCAAGAUUCUGAUCCAAAGAGAUGAGGAAACAUGCAUGCCAAAACUCUUCUAUGAGAAGCUACCUCUCGACAUUGCUGACCGAUGGGUUCUUCUUCUUGACCCCAUGUUUGCAACUGGAGGCUCUGCUACACUGGCGGUUGAAGUACUAAAACAGAAGGGCGUGCCUGAGCAUCGCAUUCUCUUCCUCAAUCUGAUUGCAAGCCCCUCUGGCGUUGCUGAGUUUGCCGAGAGAUUCCCCAAGCUCCGUGUUGUCACAGCUUUCGUUGACCAAGGAUUGGAUGACAAGAAGUAUAGUUCCUCUCUUUUGCCCCGAACCUACCAUCUCGUCACAGCAGGGCUAACCACUCAUCGGACUCGCAGGUACAUUAUCCCUGGCUUGGGCGAUUUCGGUGACCGAUACUACACGCUCUAG